GCACUGCGUGCGAACAACACUGCGUGUGCGGCACUUGCACGCCACACGCUAGUUUCAUCGUGUCUUUCACUCUCAAUGAAACGUCAGCCUACUCUAGCACACGGCUGCGACAGGCAACCCCCACCUCCACGUUCAGCAUCCCCAACACCGCAAGCGUGUGGCAAACCAUAGCCGUGACAUUUACAAUUGAUGAGCGCUGCCGAUGCCAGCACCAGCGACCGCGCAUGCAGCCACCAUGACAUCCUAGUCAUGGGAAAGACCCCGUGGUGUACACGUGCGCCUCCGGCUGAUCAGACCUACACCGACACAGAGCUGGCCUGCCGCGACAUCAGCGAGUGCAACCCAGGCGCGGUUGAGUGCGCAUGUGUCGGCGAGUGGGUUGGCCCAACGUGCAGUGAUGACACCAACAGGCCGCCAGAACGCAUCUCCCUCGGCACCACGCGCGUGCCAGAGAACAGCUUCCCGCUGCCCCUCAUCACUGUCCCUGUGGAUGGGUCGGCCAUCGAGGCUGCUCUGUUGGCUGACUUUCUUGUGCGCGUCAACGUUGAAGAUACAAACUACGCGCCAACAGCCCUGCUACCUGAUACCGCCAGUAUUGCGGAGAACACGCCUAUCGGCACCACCGUGGCCCACAUUACUUUUGUGAACCUCAGGCAACGCACCAACACGGACUUGCUCUACUUUGUGGCGAGGGCCGGCGAUGGAUCUGGCGGCCAAAUUAACAUCGAACUCGACGCCCCAGAUCUCAUUGGCACGGGCGUGGACCUCGUGCUCGGAGAUGAUCCAGGACGAUACAAGGACCGAAGCACCUGCGAGCGAUCAACGAGCACGUCCGAUUGCUACACCUUCGAUCCAAACACCAUGACUGGCUACUUCAACCAAAUCUGGGCAUCGUGCUGCAUGGAUGGUUUCGUGCUUGGGAAGCUCCCGCGCUCCAACUGGCGGUUCAACUUCAAGUAUGACGUCGUUGACCACAUCUACAACUUCCGUGUCGGCAACUUCAACCCGGACACGUUUGACAUGUCCUUCCUGGACUUGGACGCUGCAGAGGUGCUGGCAAACGGCGUGGAGGUCUCCGCCUUUACCUGCAACGACUACUGCAGGGACAAGUCAUGUGGAGAAUGCUCUCUCGACCCCCAGUGCGGCUGGUGUGACACUUCCGGCUGUCUCGCCCGCUCAGAAGAGCCGACGUGCGCAGGCAACUGGCUGGAGGAUGCGUGCUGCCCAUCGUGCGCCGCCCACACAGACUGUCAGGCCUGCCUCAAUGCAGACGGCUGCGGCUGGAGCUUCAGCCUCGGCCGCUGCCUCUCCGGCACAACCGACCUCGGCCUGUGCGAGGCGUCUGAGUUCUACCAAAUCCCAUCGCCAGGCAACACCAUCUGCCGCGUUCUCCCGGGACCCGUCAUCUCACCAAACACACCCGCCACCGUGCCCAGCGCUUACAACAGGUGCGGCACACACACGCGCUAG